CGCCAUUCGGGGACUCGAGGGAAACGGGUAGCCUCGCAAGCCAACGGGGACGAGAUGGUCGCGCCUGACAAACAACCGACGCCGGGGCACGCCGAAAGAGACAACUCAAUCAUCGUCGAGCAGGUUCGCCGCUAUCUCAGCAGCACUGGCCCGGAGAUCCUGGCAGCCCAUGACGGCCAUGUCCCCGGCACAAUUCUGGAAACUCCCCAAGGGCAGGCAUACGUCGGUGAUGCACUCGUCGAAAUGGCUGUACAGUGGAUGGAUGUCCGCUGGCGCGCACUGGAGGGGUACUGGGGGCGCGAGGAAGCGCCGCCGAAACGUCUCAGCCCACGGCGCCGUGUAAAAGACACGAAGAACUACAUCAACUCAUUCAUCCAUGGCGGGAAUCUGCGCCACGACACCGUCAUCACAAGCAUAGGCUACGCCAAGAACCGGCUGGACGACGGCUCGAACAAGAAGGACUACGAGUCAAUGCAAGAGCAUCAGUUCUACGGGACUUAUGGGAUUGAGUUGGAGUUCGCAGAAUGGCUCAUCCAGCAGCAGAAGCCGCAGGAUCCGCUUGCCGUGGGUGCGAUCGACUAUCCUCGCGUGAUCAACAUCAUCGACCGCUACAUCACGUGCUACGCAGAGGAGACUCAAAUCAACAAGGGCAUCAUCAAGUCCAGCAAGAAGCGCAAGCGAGAUCCUAGUGUUGGGACUGCUAAGUAUAAAAGGUUUAUGGACACCGUGAGCCAAAUUUGCGCCAAUGGACGAGUGAGGAAGAGCCCGAUCGCCGACGAGGACCUCAAAAAACAGCUGAAAGAUCCGCCAGGCGAGCAGACCGCGGACGAGUCCCAGGCCAAGUCGGACGGCGGAAAAGCCUCGAGGAAGACGCCGACAAGAUCCCGUCACCUGACGGCCGACAACAAGAUGACAUCCCAGGGCAGCGUAUCGCCGUCGACCGCGGUGGCACUGACGGCAUCGCGGUUCUUCGAUGUGGAUCUCUUUAGCGAUCCUAUCGUGAAGCCCAACUUUUCCGCUCGCUCGAGUGUCGGUGGGUUGCGACUCCCCGCGGACGCCUACAGCAACCAUGCGCCGACUAACAUUGCCCAAGCCCCGUCCGGCGCCAAAGCCGUGCCGGCUGCGCUAGCGCGGGAUGGUCGAGUCAACGUCAUGGCCAUAAGCCACCUCAUUUCGCCGCCGACAUCGCCGACAUCGCCGGGGUCGUUUGAGGAGCAAGGCAAUGUGGUCUACAAUCUGUACCCGCCUCAGGGCCCACCCAGAAAGGCAGUCGUCGAAGAAUUGAACCAGGGCAGGCACGACGAAGAGCCUCCGGCGAAGCGCCAGAAGCUGGACCCCCUCCAGCCUCCCGUGUCGGCUCUACGCCGCUACUCGGCUCGCGCGCAGGGCCGCCGCACGGCGACGAAGGCGGACCGCAUCUGGAACUUCCUCCCGCAGGAGAUCCAGCUAAAGAUCUGGGACAUCGCACUCGAGGACGAGCUGGUCGGGCGGGUCGUUGUGGUGCAGAACCGCAACUCGCCGUACUUCAACCACCACGCGGAGGGCAGUGUCAAUAUUACCCCAGACCUCUCCAGUGUAUCGCAGCAGGCGCGCGGCGAGUUUGAGCGCCACUACAAGAAGAUGUUCGCCCGCAUCCCCCUCAAGUCCUCGCAGACGGACUUCAUCCGGGAGCGUCUCAGUUUGCUCCGGCCAAGCAUCGAGAAGGCGCUGCAGCCCAUCAAGGCGCUCGAGGUCGGGGACAAGUUCUGGAGAGACCGCUACAAUGUCCCGAAGCGCACGGCUCCGCUGCAGCAUAAGCCGACGCUCGAAAACAUCAUGGAGCAUGGCAGGGCGACCAUCAGGCUCAUGCUCGACACGGCCGAGGAGCAGUGGGUCAACGUGGACAAGGACAUUAUCCAGUUCGAGCCGUGCUGCGACGGCUGCCGCGCGACGCACUGCGUCAAGCGGCAAUUCACGCUGCUGGACCGCGAAGCCGUGCGCUUCAUAUGCGUCAAGGGCGAGCCCCAUUGGGUCGCGUCGGCGCAGGUCCGGCCCUGCUGGUCCUCACUCUCCGAGGUGUUCCCCAACGCCGAGACGCUCUACCUCGACGUCGAGAAGACGGGCCCGACGGCGCUCAUCCGGGCCAAGCGCGUCAUGGUCCGCGUCCGCCCCGAGGGCAUCCUGCACCACCACGUCGCCUGCCUCGCCGCCUUUGAGCUGUGGAAGCGCGGCGAGGGCAAGGACAAGAAGCUGAGCCGCAUCGAGCUCGUGAGCGUCUACGAGGAGCGGCCGAGGCGCCGCGGCAAGCCCGACGGCAUGCAGUACCCCCGCGCCGUGGUCGGCACAGACAACAUCUUCAUCAUUCGCUAA